GGAGUGGAGACCGAAGCGGUAGCGAGAACAGAGAAAAGCAAACCAUCGAGAAGGGACAAAGCCGGAACCGAUUUUUCUUGCGCAUGUGCGAGCUUAUUUGGUAUACCUGUCUUAUUGCCGGUCCCCUCCCAGCCGUCGGUUAGUCCGGUAAUAUUCGACGCCUACUUUAGUCUAGUCAAGUGUUGCCUGAAUUUUUCUCUGUGUUUAUUUUUUGUGUGUGUUGUCAUUGUGCUCUUUAUUUUAUUAAAAACUUUUAUAAUAUGCCUUAUACCUGUGCUUUUCGUGGAUGUCAUUCAAAGACAGGGUGUGGUGUUUCUUUCUUUGCUUUUCCGCAGGAAGAAGAUCGUGCCAAGUUAUGGCUGGCAGCUUGCUAUAGAACAGACUUGUUUUCGAUACCUAGAGAACAACUAACCAGGAACUAUAAGCUCUGUGAGUACCAUUUUGAUGAGAAGUUUUAUAGUGCAGGGCCCUCAAGAAAGCGUUUGUUACCUAACGCGUUACCAACAUUAUUUCCUAAUCCCACAAAAAGGACUUGUGAAGGUGAACAGCUUGAGGAUGGACCGCCAAAAAAAGUCUCAAAGGAAAAGGACAUAAAAAUUCUGUCAGAUAUUUUAAUACAGCCUGCAAUUAUGAAACCAGCAACGUUGGCCCAGCAAAGUAUUGCCGAAAAAAAUUCUUCUUAUGACAGAACUAAGACGCCUGAAAAACACCCAUUAUUGGAUAUUUUUUCUGGCCCAAGCACUUCACAAUAUUCAGUGUGCGAGCCCCUCGGCAACCUCCUAUCUAUCGAAAUAGAUAAACCGUCCGAGAAUUCUCCACCAGGCCUUCUUUCUCCGUCAGCUUCUACUCAGAUUUCUUAUCAGCUGAGUAGUAACACUCCCCAAAAGCGAAAACUUCGACUGCAAAUUAAAAAAAUGAGAAAGUUUGGUGUAACUGCUAAAGCACGCCAAAAAGAAGAUCCUGAUGUAAGAGAUUUUAACAGGUUAUGUGACAAAUUUCUAAGUAAACCUUUGGCAUGUGUUAUUAAAACUCAUGUGGCACUAAAGGGCAAGAGACGCAAAUCUCAUAGAUUUUCUAUGGAAUUAAAACAAUUUGCCUUAACAUUGCAUUUUUUAAGCCCCAAGGCAUAUAAGUUCAUAGGUAAUUUGCUUACUCUACCAACAAAAAGAAGUUUGCAUAGAAUUACAGAAAAUAUUUCUUGCCAGCCUGGUAUUAAUAAUGCAGUUUUAUAGUUAUUAUGGCUAGAGAAUUAUAUUCUUCCUGGAAGCAGCCUUUAGCGUAUUUUUUUUAUUUUUAUUUAUCAUGGACUUUCAUAAAUGAUUUCUAUCGUGCAGAUAAACAACAGUUUUAUAGAUGUGCCCCAAAGUUGACAGAUUCCCAUAUAUGUCCCUCAGCAUUUGAAAAAAUGAAAGUAGGUCUCGCUAGCCAAGUUCUUAGCCAUACUGUGGCAAGUGGGAUGAAUACUUAUGUAACUGUAGGUGCACUCCCUGCCGAUGCAUUUGGAAUCAUAAGAGGUAAUUACGAAAUUCAAUAACCUCUUUGAUUUAUUAAACUCAAUAUCCUUGGGAGAUCCCUGUAAAUUUAAAAAUGUUUAUGAUGGAUCACCAUACCAAAUAGAAUUUUUCCAUGAGAUGUUACUUUUUUUAAACAAAUUAAAAAUUUUUAACUCUAGCAAUAAAGAUAUCACAAAUUCUGUGAAAUUUCGUAAUUGCUGGAUGGUUACAAUCAGAAGCACGAUAAAAAUAUGGGAAAAAUUAUCAACAUUGGGUUACAAGUAUCUCAAGACUAGGAGGUUAAAUACAGAUUGUAUCGAAAAUUUCUUUGGUGCUGUAAGGCAGCAAAGUGGGAAUAAUUUUAAUCCAACACCACUGCAAUUCCAAAGAGCGUUUAAAAAGCUGUUCUGUCAGAAUUACUUACAUUCGGAAAGAAUGAAUUGUAAAAAUGAUUUGGAUAGUAUAUUGAUGAACGUCAAAUCCAUCAAUAUACCCGAAAUUUUCAAUGAAAAAAAAUUUGAAGUUGCAAAAGGUAUUGCACUUCAAAACUAUAGUUAUAGGACCGACCAUAUUCCCACAGAAAAUGCCUUUCGGUAUGUUUGUGGCUAUAUUAUGAAAAGAGCACUUGAAGUUCAUAUUAACUGUGAUACCUGCACCAAUUUCGGCAAAAUGUGUGAUGAAAUGGAUAUAAAUAGAUUAUUUCUUCAUUUUAAGGCUUAUAAUUCCAGUAUAUGUAACUUUGGUGGCUUACAAUCUCCUCCAGAAGAGUUUAUUUCAUAUAUAUUUAAAUUAGAGGAAAUAUUCAAUUGUAAUUUUGAAAACUAUUAAUUAUGAACACCCUUGUGCACAUUUUCCAAAAACGUUUAUCUUAAAAUUAUUUAUAAGGUUGAAAAUAUUUUACACCAUUAAAUAUAAUAAUAGGGUCCUAAAAACAAAUAAAGAUAAAAAUGUUCGAAAACUAAAAAUUUUGCGGAAUGUAUAAAUGUACCUAAGUUUAAUUUAAUUAUUGCCAAUGUAUUUUUGUGUUUCAUUAUACAAUGAGCCAAUAUUAUUUCCUCAAAAAAUAAAAGUUUGUUUAGAAGAUUUUUUGUUUUACAUUAUUUAUCCUAAAUGGUAAUUUUUAUAGUUGGCACUAUACCGGGUGACACAGGAAAAAGGGAAC